AUGAGCGCUCGCCAACCUUUCACGCCCACGCCAUCUCGCCCCUCCUCACGCGCUACGAACCCCGAUCAAUCCCUACCCUCUACCAGUGCUCGCUCCAGACUGACGCACUCCUCUGCUCUUCCUCCUGCUCAACCCAGCUCUUACUCUAAUGGCGAAGGAGGCCAAGACGUUACGAAAACGAUGCAUCCUCUGAACCUAACUGGCCUCAAAGCCAACAAACAAAUGCGUAAAUCCACUGGCCAUGGUGGUGCCCAACGCGUCCCGCACAACGCCGCGAACGCACCACCGCAACCUCAGUCCGCCAUCCCUCUCCGCCACAGAGCUUCUCUCUCCGCAUCAUCAUCAUCAUCAGCAGGAGGAGGAGGAGGAGGAGGAGCAGGCGAACUCGUCGCUCCCCGUCCGUUGUCUCCCUAUGUCUCCGCUGCGUCUAUAGGUGAUAUGGAUCUGGAUAUGGCGUUCAAGACUCCGGCACUUCCGUUUCCGCCUGGGUUUUAUGCCACGAAUUUAAACGCUGCGACUACUGCUACGACUGCUGUUGGUGCUGCUGUUGGUGGUGCUGCGACUACUGCUUCUGCUUCCCUUGCUACGGCGAAUGCUGCGUCUGCACAAGAUGAUACGCAUACGCAUAUAUCCACAUCCACCGAUAAUCACUCCAGGCUUCAACACCAACACCAACAACACCAACCACAACCUCAACGCCGCGAACAGAAUCCUUUCUCGCAUUCCCUCGACUCUGACGGGCUUGAUCCGGACCCCGACGAUAGCGGCUAUGCCUCGUCCACUGCGCAUAUAUCGACCCCUUCGACUGGGACUGGGACUGGGACUAGGAAUAGGAAUAGGAAGAGAGCCGCGUAUGUGGAUGUGGAUGUGGAUGGCGAAGAUAUGAACGGGGAGGUGGGAAUGGAUGGGUAUGGUGAAGAUAGGCAGGGGAAGAGGUUUAGAUACGACCUAGAGGAGGAGGAGGAAGGUCGUGAGAGUGGUGGUGCGGAGUUUUUGGUGGGACAGCAGGCACAGCAGCAGGAGCAGGAGCAGGGGAUUGCAUCGAGACGCGGUUCAGUCGGUGUCGGUGAUCGUCAGACGCCUGUGCUCGUGAUGCGCCCGCCCUCUGUCGUCGCUUAUCAGCGGCACUCCUCUCAUGGUCAACAUCCAGUUCAAGGCCAACAUCCAGUUCAACAUUCAGCUCAAGCUCAACAUCCAAACCACAACGAAAGUACAGACCAAGCACAAACAGCACGCACAGCAUUCUUCGAAGCCAUAAUCGGUCUAGACGUCGAUCUGGACGAAGGAGAGAUAGAAGGGUAUGCGCGGGCGUUCGAGGGGUAUCAGGCUCGAUGGACGCGGGAUCACGACAACGAUCACGACAACGACAACGACAACCAUGACGAGGGGCAGGGACAGGGACAAGGACAGGGACAUAGGCUGGGGUUGGAGGAGUGGGAUAGGGCGGGCGACGAGCUGGUAGGCAAGUUUGAGAGGGUUGUUAACGCAACAGUAACCUCCUAUCAAUCCAUCUCCCAAGACCUCGACGACCGCCGCGCCCUCCUUGCCGAACGCGCGAACGAGUAUCAGACGGUUAAGGAGGGGAUCGUGCGUGAUCGGGGUGGGUUCAAGGUGUAA